UGUCCUUAUUUAGUCAUUCUGAAAGUAUGCUUCAUUGCUGUGGAAACACUACAAGACAGAACAGCCAAGAAGCAAAAAAUUCGUGAUGUCACUGGUGUAUCAUUGCCAAACUGCUAAUGCCUUGUUGCUUUGAGCUAAGAUUUAUGUAGGGGAAGUUGUGGGAAUGGCACAUUCUGAUCCCAGAUCGGCGCUUGGAGCCGCUCCCUCUCGGGACGGCGGAGGACAAGGCGGAGUCGACGGAUGUUGCUAAAAGGAGGAAGAGGAGGGAGGUGCGCGUGAGCGACCAAGCAUGAACCUUUACCUGGACGACGUUUCGGUCGGUCGCUUUAACUAGUUCCCCAGUAAACCUCGAGUUAGGCCACCUGUCGGUUAAGUGCUCCUUUUUCCAGUCGACUCACCAGUAUAACUUUCCAGCAAUUGACUACCUACUAAAGUAACUGUUGCACUGGUUUUCUUUUUUUAUGAAGCUGUGUCGUAAGAAAGAGAAAAACUGUCAGCUGCUCGACCAACAGUUUUGUAGGUAAAACAUGUGCCAGUUGGGAUAUCGUGAUUAAGCAGCAGUUAUAGAGGGUGGUUUUAGUCGACUGGGCGUUAUUUGCUUGGUAACUGGAAGAGCGCUGCCCGUUGUGUCACGCCUAACCAGCUAUUUGAGUUAAGAGCUAACUUAAUAAAGUUUUAUUUAUAGUUUCACUUGAUUAAUUGCGUUUUUGGCUACUUUGUCAAGCGCCGUGGGGAACUCGCUAAAGUUAAUAAACAGCGAAGAAGACUAUGGCCGGAGCCGGUAGCGUGGAGGCGGUGAAGCGCAAGAUUAAGGUGUUGCAGCAGCAGGCGGACAAGGCUGAGGAGAGAGCCGAGGCGCUGCAGAGGCAGGUGGAGGAGGAAAAGAGGACGCGAGAGCAGGCUGAAGCUGAGGUAGCAUCUCUAAGCAGGAGGAUCCAGCUAGUGGAGGAGGAGUUGGACCGUGCCCAGGAGCGGCUGACCACCGCCCUGCAAAAGUUGGAGGAGGCUGAGAAGGUUGCUGAUGAGACUGAAAGGGGUAUGAAGGUGAUUGAGAACCAAGCCCUGAAAGAUGAGGAGAAAAUGGAGAUGCAGGAGGUUCAGUUGAAGGACGCCAAGCAGAUUGCUGAGGAGGCUGACCGCAAGUAUGAAGAGGUGGCUCGCAAGCUGGUCGUCGUUGAGGGAGACCUGGAACGUGCUGAGGAGAGGGCGGAUUUGGCAGAAGCUAAAGCCCGGGAACUGGAGGAGCAGCUGAGGGGCUUUGACCAAAUGCUCAAGACUCUGCAGGCCUCUGAGGACACGUACUCUCAGAAGGAGGACAGGUAUGAAGAGGAGAUUAGGAUCUUGUAUGAAAAACUAAAGGAGGCUGAGACCCGUGCUGAGUUUGCUGAGAGGUCUGUGACAAAAUUGGAGAAGACCAUUGAUAAUCUGGAAGAGAGACUGGCUGCUGCCAAGGAGGAGAACCUCAAGCUUCAUGCCACCCUUGACCAAACCCUGCAGGAGCUCAAUAACUUCUGAAGCCCUUGGGUCUUGGCCACUGAUUCACUGCCUCUGCACACCAUACAUCUCCUAUUUCUUGUCCACUCUUCUUGCUCUUUGUGUGUUAGGCUUGAAUGUAAGCUUGCAGAUUCAUUUUAAGCCCAUGUGUCUGAUACUUUUCCUGUUCCAUCUUUUGAAGACUUUCUUCCUAUACACACAUGGUUCAACCUCAAAGUUAAACAGGAAGCUGGCAGGUUUUAUACAGCUCAUUUGGAUGUUUUAAACUCAGUCAAGUAUGGUACUGACUGUUUGUUUACUGUUGGGAUUGGUUUGGGAUGCGCUAAUGUAGCAUAGAACUUGGAUAAAUUAUUUUGAACGGUGAAAAUGCUUUUCCUUGCUGUCCUCCCCUCUGCCAAUUAUUUCUUCCCUCUCUCCUGCCCUCUGUACAGCAACAUCCUGCAUUUUGUGGAAACCAUAAACUUACGGCCGGCAGCUUGUUGGUUUGCUGCUGUACUUGGCAAGGGAAUGCGUUUCAUGUGGAAUCAUGUCUUUCACAAAAGAAGAAUGUACUGUUUACCUAAAUGGCCAGCAUGUUAAAAUAAUCCAUUGUUUUUAAAAGGAGAUAAGAUUGUAAAGACAUCCAAUAAAGCCUAGCUUGAGUUGCCUUUCCAUUAACAAAUGAACUGUUUGCUGUGUCCUGAAAGAUGAGGGGACCGUCAAGCUAACUGGAGGGGUUCUGGAUGAAAACUGGCAGGUGCUGCGUGUUAAAUGACUACAUGCAAGUGAAUAUUAAUGGGUUUUAAACUGGAUUGUCUUAUGUGAUAUUCGCAUGAUGCGUUGCCACCUUUUUUUCUUUUUUCAUUGUGAUGCAUAUGACUUUUUUUAAUAAACUGAUUCUUAUGCGCAUUGA